UUAACUGGUGCAGAAAUUGUUAUUCUGGUUCAGUCUUUAAAGCGCCAACGCCUUUUCACUUUCAGUCAUCCUAGUGCUGAUGCUGUUAUUGACCGUUACAUCACUGGAAUAUCAUCUUUGUCGUUGUCAUCAUCGACCACUGAUGAAUUCAACUUGCAACAAAAUAACCAGUAUUAUUCUCAUAUGUGCAAAGAUUUGGAAGCGGAGAAGAAGAAGAAAGAGAAUACUGAAGAAGAGAAGUUGGUGAAUAUUGAUGAUAAUAAUAAUGGGGGAUAUUGGUGGAAUGAACCAAUUGAUACUAAGGGUAUUGAUGAACUUGAAGAAUUUAUGGUUGCAUUGGAAAAUUUGAAGAAGAACGUAACAAUAAGGGUUGAUCAAUUGAGUAUGUUAAAUGGAUCUUCUUCGUCGAAUUCAACGAUGAAAAUAGAAAGAUUCGGAGCUGAGGAUCAAUUUUUGAAUCAGAUUGCAAUUGAUUAUUGUUCUUCAAUUGUCCCUUAUGAACUCAAUAACUCAGGAGAUGGCCAAUUUUGA